GUGAUAAAUUAAGGAGCGAUCGCGUCUAUUAACACAGUCGGUUGCUAACAUCGGUUUAACGUGGAUGUCCGACGGCGACGUAGAUCGACUUCCGCGACGGUUUCGCAAGACCCGGUGCUCUACAUGGCAUUCGAUCGAAUUUCGCACUCUUAAUUACGGAUUAUUUAAGUGAGAACACGAUAUCGAAAUGUCGGUGGCAACGAUGCAGAUGACCGAGCUCAAUCUAGACAGCUCAAACUGUUCACCUGAGAGCACGAAAGUUGACGAUAACAAAAGGGGUGUGAAACUCACGUACGGGAUCGAUGACGUUCCACCAUGGUACCUCUGCCUGUUCAUGGCUCUUCAGCAUUAUUUGACCAUGAUCGGAGCCAUCGUUUCCAUUCCCUUUAUCCUGACGCCGGCGCUUUGCAUGGCGGAGGAUGAUCCAUCGAGGAGCUACAUAAUCUCCACCAUGAUCUUCGUAACAGGAUUGGUGACGCUGUUUCAGACUAUUAUAGGCUGCAGGCUACCUUUAGUCCAAGGAGGAACCAUAUCGUUUUUAGUCCCGACCCUGGCGAUAUUGAAUCUUCCGCAAUGGAAAUGUCCUGCACCGGAAGUGAUGAACGAAAUGUCUGCAGAAAACCGAACCGAACUGUGGCAGGUCAGAAUGAGAGAGCUCUCAGGGGCUAUUGCUGUUUCCGCGUUGUUCCAAGUAGUAGUUGGAUUCGGAGGAAUUAUCGGAUACUUAUUGAAAUUCAUAACGCCGCUUACGAUUGCGCCGACAGUCUCUUUAGUAGGAUUGUCCCUCUUCGAGAAUGCAGCUGACGCAGCAUCACAGCAUUGGGGUAUUGCAGCUGGAACAAUAUUGAUGUUAACACUGUACUCGCAAAUAUUGGUGAACGUGCCAUUUCCGAUCCUAAUGUACCGCAAAGGCCAGGGGAUACGAGUCGCGUGGUUUGAUCUGUUCAAAUUGUUCCCGGUGCUACUGACGAUCGUAGUCAUGUGGAUAAUUUGCACAAUUUUAACCGUAACCGAUGCUCUGCCAGAGGGUCAUCCAGCUAGGGCGGACAGCAAGCUGAAAAUCAUUAAUCAAUCGCCAUGGUUUAGGGUUCCUUAUCCUGGUCAGUGGGGUACUCCUACGGUGACAUUGUCCGGCGUGCUUGGUAUGCUGGCUGGAGUGUUAGCUUGCACCGUGGAAUCCAUAAGUUAUUAUCCUACGACGUCCAGGAUGUGUGGUGCUCCUCCGCCUCCGGUGCAUGCAAUUAACCGUGGUAUCGGUAUGGAGGGCCUUGGUACCAUGUUGGCUGGCUUAUGGGGCAGCGGAAAUGGCACCAACACCUUCGGCGAAAACGUUGGAACGAUAGGUGUUACGAAAGUCGGUAGCCGCAGAGUGAUCCAGUGGGCCUGUGGAUUAAUGAUUCUGCAGGGACUAAUCAGCAAAUUCGGCGCUGUGUUCAUCAUCAUUCCAGAGCCGAUAGUGGGCGGGAUAUUCUGCGUGAUGUUCGGGAUGAUUUGUGCCUUCGGUCUCUCCGCGUUGCAAUACGUAGAUCUGAACUCGGCGAGGAACCUUUACAUCCUGGGGUUCUCAAUUUUCUUCCCACUGGUAUUGUCGAAAUGGAUGAUCAAACACUCGGACGUGAUACAGACCGGAAAUGAUAUAGCGGACGGUGUACUUACGGUGUUACUUAGCACGACGAUCUUGGUUGGAGGUGUAGUGGGAUGUUUGCUGGACAAUAUUAUACCAGGUACACCCGAGGAACGUGGUCUCAUAGCUUGGUCAAAGGAAAUGGAAUUAAAUACUGAAACCGAUGACAAACAGGAUCAAGGAGAAUACGUGCCCAAUACCUUCGAUUUUCCGUUCGGAAUGAACGUUUUGAGGAGGUGGAAGUGGACGUACUACGUACCAUUUUUACCGACAUACAAACCCGGAAUCUACACUUGCAGCAGAAGGAAUAAACAUUGAACACUAAUUGGUUUUUAAUUUAUUGGAUAGUCGCGCUAAAAUUAAGCGCAUGAAAGUCGAGUGUGAACGAAUGUUGCAGUGUAAAGGAAAAUAAAAUGAUUUUUAUGUUAAACGAAA